AUGGCCGACGACGAUUUAUACGUGUACUACAUGCCGGAUGAUGAGAACGAUACUCGUGCCUUUUCUUCGCAUAAGCCACCGGACAAAUCUGCACACGACUUGUCUAAUCAUGCUAUCUUAGGAGUUGGCCUCGAAAAUUUAGGCAACACUUGCUUUAUGAAUUCAGUUUUGCAGUGCAUUAUUCACACUGUUCCACUUCUUCAGCCAAUUCUCUCAACUCAAUCUGCCAAUAAUUGUAAUAAGAAGCAGUUUUGUUUGCUAAGUGCAUUGCGGGAUUUGAUUUUUCAAUGUCUUGUUUCGAAUGCCACUGUCUCACCUGUUGAUCUUGUCAACAAUUUGACUUAUAUAUCAUCGAACUUCAAAAGAUCGCAGCAGGAAGAUGCUCAUGAAUUCUUUCAGUGCUUUUUGGAUAGGCUCGGUUCAUGUCAUGAAUGGGGCAGCAUAGUGCAACGAGUAUUUGGCGGUCGCCUUGUCAGCAAUUUAAUGUGCUGUAACUGUGGUCACUGCUCCGACACUUAUGAACCAUCAAUCGACCUGAGUUUGGAGAUUGAUGACGCGGACAAUUUGUUUACUGCUCUCUACUCUUUCACAAAGGUUGAAAGGAUAGGAGAUCUGCAGACUAAGUUUACAUGUCAAAAGUGUAAAGAGCGAGUGUACGUUGACAAGAAACUUUCGUUCGACCAGCCUCCUCAAGUAGCACUACUUCAUUUGAAGAGGUUCAUAAAUUAUGGCAGUUUUGUUCAAAAGAUCGAUAAACAUGUCGUGUUUCCCUUAGAUUUGGACUUGCAGCCUUUCACUCGCCGCGCCAAUCAUAAUCAUGUGAGUGAAGAUCUUGAAUAUGUGCUCUAUGCUGUUGUGGUGCACGUCGGAUUAAGUCCUACAUCAGGCCACUACUACUGCUAUAUACGCUUAUCUGCUGGCAUAUGGUUUUGUUUUGAUGAUUCAAAGGUUGAGCUGGUCGAUGAAGAAUAUGUGCUAUCACAAGAGGCUUAUCUCCUCUUCUAUGCAAAAAAAAGCACUCCCUGGUUUUCAAGUUUCAUUGAAACACAAAAAGAAUAUUUAUAUUCAACUACGUGGCACACAUCGCCUGUAUCCGUGUUAGACAACUCAAUGUCUCCCUAUUUGGACAACAGGUUUAGCGUAAGUUGGAAUACGGGAAGAGGCCGCAUCAAAGAUAUUGGUGUGAGGAAUGAAACCAAGGGGAUAGUAUGCAUAGCACCACACCAAAAACAGUCUCCAGUUAUGUUUGAAAAGGCUAACUAUAAGAAGGAGGUUAGUGUUCCCCAAAAGAGUCCAAUUGAUAUUGAAGCAAUUUUGAGAUCUCCAAGUCCUGAGAUAUACACAAAAGACUCAACUGAUGCUGAUAUUUCGUCUGAUAUGCAGGUUUCAGCUUUUCUUGCAGCCUCUGAGGAAUGCAGACUGUCUCUCAGGCAAAAGACGAUUGGAGGAGGAUAUGGAUGA